UGAAAGAUGAGAAGAGCUCCAAACGUUAUAUAUUGCGGAUCACAUUCUCCGUCCUCAGUAUAGAAAGUUGUUGAUGAAUUCGAAGAGCAAUGGAAAAUUCUUUCACCACACCUGGUAUCCAGAUAUUAAAUCAAAUAGAAAAAUUGCAUUACUUCGUGUUCGGAUGGAUCGAUUACGUACUCUUCAGCCUGUUACUGCUCGUCAGCGUCCUUAUUGGCGUGUAUUUUGCCUUCUUUAGCAAGCAAGAUAGCACGACAGAAUAUCUUCUGGGUGGUAAACGUAUGGGAAGCUUCCCUAUUGCAAUGAGCAUCAUCGCUAGUCACAUCUCGGGAAUUACCUUGCUGGGCAUACCUGCGGAAAUCUUUCAUCAUGGGACACAGUAUGCCGCAUGCGUGAUCACGUCGACCCUCACCGCUGUAAUCACUUCCUAUAUUUUUCUACCAGUAUUUUACAAACUGCAAUUAAACAGCACCUUUGAAUACCUGGAAGUUAGAUUUGCAAGGCCGGUCAGAAUUCUCUCCUCGAUGCUAUUCACUAUUUCGCUCUUCAUGUACGUGCCCAUUGUCAUCUAUGUGCCUGCCAUUGCCUUCGCGCAAGUCACUAAUUUCAGUGUUCACAUGAUAACGCCGAUACUUUGCAUCGUGUGCAUCAUUUAUACCAGCAUUGGUGGUCUAAAAGCGGUGGUAUGGACGGAUACUAUACAGUUUUCCGUGACUGUUGGAGGUCUUUUCGCGAUUCUUGUGCUGGGAAUAAAGUCUGUCGGCAGCAUUGAAAAAGUGUGGAGAAUUUCCGAUGAAGGCGGUCGUCUUAUUUUCUUCAACAUGGAUCCAAGUCUAUCCGCAAGAAACACUUUCUGGGGCAUGAUUUUUGGCAUGACGGCAACGUGGAUCGGACAUCUCGCUAUUCAUCCAGGUACUGUGCAGCGAUUUCUGUCAGUGCCCAGAGAAAUCGACGCAAAACACGGCACCGUGAUUACUGCGAUAGGAUUGAUUAUUGUCAAAUUGAUUACCGUGUUUACUGGAUUAAUCAUGUUUGCCAAAUAUCACGACUGUGAUCCUUUUCUGACCAAGGCAAUAAGCCGCACCGAUCAAACCUUACCUUAUUACGUGAUGGACGUCGCUGGACAUCUGCCAGGACUUCCGGGAUUAUUCCUAGCGGGCCUGGUGAGCGCCGCGCUUGCAACUAUGAGCGCCAGUUUGAACACGGUCUCCGGUACUAUUUAUGAGGAUUUUAUAAGUUCGUGGAUCCCGGAUAGCCCCCAAAAAGAAGCUAUGGCUACUAAUAUUAUGAAGGUCAUUGUUUUAGUAACCGGCGCAAUUUCGGUUGGCUUGGUAUUCCUGGUCGAGCAGUUGGGCCCGGUCUUUCAGAUAGCUUUGAGUACACGUGGCGUGACCGACGGACCUUUGCUGGGUCUCUUCGUACUAGGAAUAUUAGUACCCUGGGCAAACGCAAAAGGCGUACUAUUGGGUGGUUGUGUCGGAUUAAUUAGUAUGUUUUGGCUGGUGGCAGGCGCUCAAUGGCAUAUCAUGCAUGGCAGGAUUAAGCACGAUUCGUUGCCCACAUCGAUAGACGGUUGCCCGUACCCGUUGAAUGAAACCCUUACGACCACGACACCAACGCCCACUUGGAUGGAUCCCGGCGAGGAACCAAUGAUGUUAUUUCAAAUUUCCUUUAUGCAUUAUACCAUAAUAGGAGCGUCGAUUGUCGUCGUCAUCGGAAUUAUUGCGAGCUACGCAUUCGGCGUGGAUUUGGAGAGUGUGAAUCCUGAUCAUAUUACACCGAUUAUGAAAAGGUUUCUCCCUCCACGAAAGUACGCCGAAGUCUCAUUGAGAGAAGUGUCGCCGUCGUUCGACGUCGCGCCGGAGAAAACCAAGUGAUCGCGUUCGCUUUAAUCGGUGACAAUUGAGUUAAGCAAGAUCGAUUUGAUUGAGAUUGUUGAGGACUGUUACGACAAUACCUCGAGUCACCGACGUUUUUGAGUCAUCUGACAGCCGGUCACGACAAAGGGAUGUCCCUUAUUGAUUAAUAGACGCAUGCGCUAACUAUUUCGGUACAUACAUGUGGGAUCGCGAUAGUUUUCGAUCUCUCAGUAUCGUUCCCAGUGUCUGUUGCAAAGCAUCGACUGCGAAAGUGUCUUCUUUAGUCUCCGAUCAGACAACCAAAAUCAAAUGGCACGAGAAAACUUUCUCCAGCGAGAAUCAUAAUUCUGGUUUGAUGUUGGGAAAAAAUAUGGCUACUCAUUGCUAAUUUUAUAAUAGGUUUUUUGACAUUGUCCGACAAUCCGAGUCGCGCACAAAGAAUUUAAAAGAUAAGGUGAUAAAUAUAAUUAAGUAAUAAUAUCAAGAAAAAUAAAUUGUGCAAAAUAGAUAUUAAUAUAAUUUGAUAUAAAUAUAUAUAU